UGGAAAUAGACUUCAACGUUGCAAACUAAGCUGCGUCUUGGACACGAGCACAGCAGACUUUGACAAAUGAGGUCUGGUUUAAUGAUCAGGACUGAGUGCUAUCGGCAGCAGCUGACGCCUACAUUACAUUAGAUGCGCUCAGCUCGAGUGACCUGGAUGUGAAACUAGAAUAAAGGCCGUAUCUCGCUUUAUUUUUUGACACAAUGUAACAACCCUGCGAUACAAACGGGGUGGUUGCAGUAACAGCAGGGUGGCUAGCUAACUUUAUCAUACCGGCGAUUUCACCGAUAUUUUUUCUUAAGAAUAUCGUGAAGGAGAAAUGAACGGACUUGGGAGGUGCAUGUGUGGCCGGCUUCAUUAGAUGCCUUCCUUUUUGAAUAAUGGAGAGCAGGUGUCAAGUGGAGCAGGAAACAAUGUUGUUAUUAGCCAGUUAGCUAACGUUAGCUCAGCUAGCUGUUAGUUAACUACAUCAAAUUAGUGGGCUGAGUUAGCCGAGCUAACUCAGCCCACUAUUUUAAAUAGACACGCGCAUUAUUCCACUGUGUUUGCUGCCUCACGUGAGCUACUUGGAUAGACUUGCCUAGUGACAGCUAGGUUUUGUCUUUUCCUGUAAAAACACUUUCAGCUUUUACCCUCUCUGCCGUUAACUAAGGUAGCUAGCUAACUAGUUGUGCCCAUCAGCGCUGAACUCGUUGCUCUGCUGUGGUGUCACUGCUAUCUGUUGGCUGCGGAAGUCUUAUUGCAAACAUAGCUUUUCUACUGUUUAACUGUCACGCGGACGACAACCAUGGCUCAAGAAGCGUUUCCUCUGCAUUUUCUGGUGUGGAACAAUCAGUACCUGGAGCUUGAUCAAGAGCUGCAGAAGAAAGAGCAGGAUGUGGAGCGCCUGGAUCCGAGAGGGCGCACCCCGCUGGAGCUGGCUGUGUGUCUGGGCCACCUGGAGUCAACCCGGGUGCUGCUCAGGGACUCUGCAGACCCGACCCAAAACAACUCACAGGGCUGGACCAUCUUGCAGGAGGCGGUGAGCACCGGGGACCCUGAGAUGGUUCAGCUGGUGCUUCAGCACAGAGACUACAAACGUGCCACAGAAAGAUUGGCGGGCAUCCCAGAGCUGCUCAGCAAACUAAGACAGGCGCGGGACUUCUAUGUGGAGAUGAAGUGGGAGUUCACCAGUUGGGUUCCCUUGGUGUCGAAGGUGUGUCCAAGUGACGUCUACCGGGUGUGGAAGAGCGGCUCGUGCCUCCGUGUGGACACCACCCUCCUGGGCUUCGAACACAUGACCUGGCUCAAAGGACGACGCAGCUACAUCUUCAAGGGCGGAGAUGAAGGUGCCGUGGUGAUGGAGGUGGACCAUGAGAAGCAGGUGGUGUACACAGAGCCACUUGUGUUGUCUCCACGUGACGCGCCCUCCCUCCUGGCAGCCAUGCAGCCGUCGCAGGAGAACACAGCCCAGAGACUCACAUCGCCCAUCGUCUCCACACACCUCAACACACGCAACAUUGCCUUUGAACGGAACAAGUCGGGAAUCUGGGGCUGGCGUUCUGAGAAGAGUGAGGUGGUUAGCGGGUACGAAGCCAAGGUUUACAGUGCAACCAAUGUGGAGCUGGUGACUCGGUCAAGGACAGAGCAUCUAUCAGACCAGGAUAAGUCCAGGAGCAGAGGCGCAAAGACUCCUCUGCAGUCCUUCCUGGGGAUUGCUGAACAACAUACAGCUCACAAUGGGAGUGAUGUGUCCCAGUGUGCCAGUCCUCACAACCCCACCGCCAUCACAGCGGAGGAGUACUUCAACCCGGAGUUCAACCUGAACAGCCGGGACAUCGGACGUCCCGUCGAGCUUACCAGCAAAGUCCAGAGAUUUAAAGCGACACUGUGGUUGAGUGAGAGUCACCCUCUGUCCCUGGCCGAGCAGGUGACGCCCAUCAUCGACCUCAUGGCCAUCUCCAACGCCCACUUUGCCAAGCUACGUGACUUCAUCACCCUGCGCCUGCCACCAGGCUUCCCUGUCAAGAUAGAGAUUCCCCUGUUUCACGUGUUGAAUGCCAGAGUGACGUUCAGUAACCUGUGUGGCUGCGACGAGCCGGUCAGCUCUUUGACGGUCCACACACCAGAGGGCUCCGAAGAAGCCGGUGAGGCUUCCCCUCCCUUCCAAUGCGAGGUGGACCCCUCAGUGUUUGAGCCCCCCGCAGACUACACCACCCUCGGCCCGGGCCGCAGUGAGCCAAUGAGGGACGAGGAUGACAACCUGCUGCAAUUUGCCAUCCAGCAGAGCCUGCUGGACGCCGGCACAGAGAGUGAGCAGGUGACCAUCUGGGAGGCCCUGACCAACACCCGCCCAGUGCCCCAGUCUCCACUGUACGAGGAAGACUCUCAGCUCGAGAGGGCAAUCCAGGAGUCUCUGUCCAUCUCGCUGGCCAGCAGAGAGGGAGAAGACACGGCCGACCCCGCGCAGCCCGCCUCUGUUUCCCCGUCGGAAUCCACCCCGACCGCCAACUCUCCGCUCUCCUGCAGCACAGUGACCGACCCGCGGUCGUCGGGACACUUCGGCGUGGCGUCGAGCUUUGACGAGCAGCUGCGUAUCGCCAUGGAGAUGUCGUGCCGGGAACAGGAGGAUAUAGACAGGAAGCAGAAGGAGGAAGAGAAUGAGCUGGAGAGGAUCCUGCAGCUGUCACUCACCGAGAAGUAAUGUCACAACAACAACAACAACAAUGGAGGCGCGUCUUCAUUGGGGAACAAUCUUCUUAAUUUAUGCUGUUUUUUUAUUUUUUCAAUCUUGAGAUGUUAAGUUAUUACAGAUAUUGUAUUUGUCUUUCUCACACGAAGGCUGCUCCGACAGAGUGUAAAGGACCAGAAUAUAAGAAGUGAGGGAUGAAUAACAAGCGGUGGAAUCAGCUUCUCUGAAACACGCUGCAGGGAAGGAGGAGACAAAAGGGAGAUUCUUUGUUUUUCUUUUUUUUAAUUGAAUAUUUUUCACAGUCUUGCUGUCUUUAUUGAGUGAUGAAUGAUUCCAUAAACUUUAAACCUAUAACAUGUUCAAAUAAGAAAAUACAAUCUUAAUGGAAUAACUUAUAAAAUAUAAUUAUAUCAUUCGAAACAUUGAUGUUGGCUUACUCCUAUGUGUGGAAAAAUAAAGAAUAAUGAUCAUCCUGGA